UGUCUUUUUUAGGCCACAUAACACAUCUGCUUUGUCUUGCCUUGAUGUGCUGUCAAAACUUGUUUAUAAAACCAUUUUGUAUUUGGAAAGACACUCGAGAAAAACCUUCAGGCGGGACCUCAAUAAAGCCACAGUGAAAAUUUCCAAAGUGUUCCAGAAACCAAGCCCACACAUUUCUGAUCAAACCAAUAUAAAUAUGCAUAAAAAGAUCAUCUGAAGAUGUUUCGCUAAAAACUGCGAGUAUGUUAACUGCAGCAGUCAAGAGGGAUGGGGUUAAACCAGGGAUGCAAACUUGAGCGCUGCAGUUCAGAGGGAGUGAGAGAGGCAGAGAAACUGAGGAGAGAGAGAAAGGGAGACAAUAUGUUUUCAGGACUGGUUGAUUAACAGUGGGCUUCUGGGGGAGGUAUCAGAGAGUGCUAGACCAAAAGAGAGAGAGGGAGGGAGAGAGAGAGAGGUGUAGAUGAAUCUUUCUGUAACUUGUGUGCAACUGAUGAUUUUCCUUCUGCUCUCUUCACACUCACACACUUCUCUUUGGAGAGCCACUGGGAUGUGACAGUAAAUCAGAGAGAAGAUGAUUCAAAGACUCACCGGGAAGGACUCAGUCAAACAGAAUGCGAGCUGGAUGCCACAUAAAUGAGUAAAACUGGGGAACUAUGAGCCAUAAAGCGUGACUGCUUCGGUUUGGCCUCUGCAGAGCUGGACUCAAACAGGAAAGCCUGGUGGAGACGCACACGGCACAGUCUUCAGGAGAGCUUCGAGAAAGCUUUCGUACUUCCGAUGGAUAUCCACGCUGCUUCUCUACAUCUGGAGCUCUGAGCCUUGGCCGAUCUCUGACCUGCUGCUUGACCUUUGACCUCUGAGUGACCUCUUAAGGAAUCACAGCAAUAAAACGUGACUCGGAACUCCAGAUCUACAGGAUGUUCUGGAAGCUGGCAAUACCUGCCAUUUUGGCAUGGACCCUUUUUGCAUCCACAGAAACCAAGAAGCCACGCCCCCAGGGUGCCAUCCCCUCCCCUUACAAGCUAAAAGGCAAUGAUUUGUCAUCACCAUCCCACACACUAACGUCAUUGCCCCAGCACACAUCAGCACGACGACAGAAAGGCAAACACGACAUGCUGUCGUCGAGCCGCGAGGCCCUGGUGGUCACCGAGAGGAAGUACCUGAAGAGCGACUGGUGCAAAACACAGCCGUUACGUCAAACGGUGAGCCUGGAGGGCUGCCUGAGCCGAACCGUCAUCAACAGGUUCUGCUACGGCCAGUGUAACUCCUUCUACAUCCCACGCCACUUGACGUCUCAAACCUCACAUCGAAGUCGAAAAACAGCGUCUGCGCCAGACCACAACACUUCGUUCCAGUCUUGUGCGUUUUGCCGGCCAAGCCGGAUAACCACGGUUACCGUGCGGCUUCACUGUCCUGGGCUGCAGCCGCCGUACCGGCAACGGAAAGUGCAGCGGAUCAAGCAGUGCAAAUGUGUGUCUGUUAACGUCAAUGCCGCAUACUGAGAAGGCACACAAAUGAAACAAUGCUUUAGGGUGUGCCUUUUGGAAAAACUGGGGACGCCCAACAAUCAAUGUGUGAAACAUGCCAAAGACAACAGCUAAUCAGAAGACUGGCCACCUUCAUUAUGUCUGGACUGUACCACAGCAUGCUACCCGGGAAUGCUUAAUAGCUGCCGAGCAGCGAUGGAACACAAAGCUGGAUUUUUCUUCUUUUUUGACAAAUAUAAUGAAGCUAAGAGUUCAAUUACAUACAAGACUGAAACAGUAAAUAACAUUCAUGUGUUUAAAAUGAACAGUGUGUGACCUUUGACCUCUUGAAAGCUUUUCUUUAACAAAACAUGGAGCGUCUGUAUUUCAGCGAUCUCCUGCUUUACCUCAGCAAUGAUGGUUCUCUAUAGAGUGCAACAGUCAGGGUUCUGGAAGUAAAAAUCCUAUGCAUUUUCUCAAUUGAUUUUAAUGAUAACUUAUGAACCUUUAAAGACAGACCAAGUGUAAGCUACGAGGUUGUUAAUAGAUGGUAUAUGCUUCUGUUGAAGUCUUAAGCCUGCAUUAGCUCAACUCAUUUUUGUAAAUAAUCAUGACAUUACCCAUCAUCACUCUGAAACUACUUCAAUAUUUGUGUAUAUAUAUGUGCAUAUUUUACAAAAAACAAAAUAUGUUGUUUCUAUAUAUAAUCAACAUCUUUAAAUCAAUAGUUUUAUAUUUAUACAUAGUUUUAAUUACGAUUAUGUCAUUGGGAUUGUAGUUCCUUUUCUUAUUAAAAUUAAGAACACAGUUUUGUACCUUUGCCUUUUUCAAAUGUUUUGGUUUCAUUUUGUAAAUUUGUCUAAUACAGAAAACUUUUUUUUUUUUAAAUCCCUGUAUGAAAAAUGAAUGGGAGCAAUACUUUCGGAACCGAGGCUGCUGAAAUAUUGGGAGGGUACUGUUGCACUCUAUUAAUCUUGAUACUUGAGAACAGUGGAAACGGUCCGACCACCAUCUAUCUUCACCAUCUUGUCUUACCUACCCAGCCGUUGUAUAUAUCAGCGCUAAUGAAGGACAGGAGAAGACAUGAAAGGAUGCUGGGUGACUGUGGACCUUAUCGACAGGAAAUUAGACGGGGGGGUUGCUAUAUUUUGACUAAGGACAGGCUGUCAGUUUGGGAUAAACUAUAUUUUGACUUGGUGCUGCCAUUAGCUUUGCUGCAUCUGAUGGAAAUGAUGCCGUUGGUUUCAGUUCAUCCAUUCUGGGCUGACUCUGAUCAAGCCCUUCGAUAAUUUGAGCCUUACCGUUGUUAUGAUCAGUCACAAUGUGCGCAACAUAAACUGGGAUUCAUAAUGGUUUAAAUUUUACCUUAAAGUCUAACCGACAUGUUUUCAUUAAGACAAUAUUUAACAAAAUAGCAAAAAAAAAAUGUGUAGAUAAGGAAAUUAUAUGACAAAGCAACCAUAGAAAAUCUAUGAAAUAUAUGUAAAAUAUAUAAUAAACAUGUCUUCUAAAAAUAAAUCU